GCGGCUGCGCGGAGGAGCUCGGCUGGCCGAGGGAGCCCAGCCCUCCCCUCCCCUUCCUUCCCCUCCCGUCCCCCCUCGGAGCCAGCUGGGUGGGCGGGUGGCCAGGAGGGAGGGAGUCGCCCGCAUCUCCGCCCAGCCUCGGCCGCCGCGCUGCCCGGCGCGCCCCUCGACCGGACCCCGGAGCAGAGAGGAUCUGCUGAGCACCUUGAGAUCCAAAAUGCACAGGACCACCAGGAUAAAAAUUACAGAGCUGAACCCCCACUUGAUGUGCGCCUUAUGUGGAGGCUACUUCAUAGAUGCCACAACCAUCGUUGAAUGCUUACACUCUUUCUGUAAAACUUGCAUCGUCCGGUACCUGGAGACCAACAAAUACUGCCCGAUGUGUGAUGUUCAAGUGCACAAAACGAGGCCCCUCCUUAGCAUCAGAUCAGACAAAACCCUCCAGGAUAUAGUGUACAAGCUGGUGCCUGGGCUCUUCAAAGAUGAAAUGAAGAGACGGCGGGACUUCUAUGCGGCAUAUCCAAUGGCAGACGUUCCAAAUGGGUCAAACGAAGACCGGGGAGAAGUUUCAGAGCAAGAGAAAGGGAACCUGACAGACGAUGAAAUUGUUAGCUUAUCCAUAGAGUUCUAUGAAGGAAUAAGAGAAGAAAACAAAGGGACUGUUGAAAACAGGAGUGUGGAGAAGGACAAGAAGAACAGCAUGAGAUUCCUCCGUUGCCCUGCAGCCAUGACUAUUAUGCACCUGGCCAAAUUCCUCCGGAACAAGAUGGAUGUUCCAAGCAAAUACAAAGUGGAAGUUCUCUAUGAAGAUGAGCCUCUGAAGGAAUAUUACACCCUCAUGGACAUCACUUACAUCUAUCCGUGGCGAAGGAAUGGCCCUCUUCCCUUGAAGUAUCGUGUCCAGCCCGCCUGCAAGAGGCUAAAACUCUCCUCCCAGCCUGCUAACUCGGAAUGCACCAACACCAGCGGAGCCUCAGAGUGUGAAUCCGUCAGCGACAAGGCCAACAGCCCGGCCACCUUGCCAGCCACCACCUCCUCUUCGCUGCCCAGCCCUGCCACCCCUUCCCACGGCUCUCCCAGUUCAAACACCACCACCGUGAGCAUUCCCGCCAACCCCACCCCUGGGGCCCUGCAGAAUGGCUCCUCGAACUGCCACCAGGUGCAACCCUUGUGCAGCAGGGGGCGCAAAGGAAUGGUGAAUGGGGGUCCAGCGACAUCGGCUUUGACUUAAAGGAAGGGUUUUCUUUCUGGGUGGGUGGGGUUUUUUUUCUUGGCCAGAUUUUCAGUUUUAUAAAUAAGUAUAUGAUGUGUAGAUAAAGGACAGUGGGGGUGGGGAAAUUAUACAUACUUAUUUUCUAUUGAUUGACCUGAUUUAAUUUAAGAAAGAAAGAAAAAAGCAAAAAGAUUCAAACAAUUCCAGUGGUGUAUUUUUAAAGAAAUGUGUCUCCCCAUUUUUUAAUUUUUAAAAAAACAAAAAUGUGCUCAUGUAGUUGCAUGCCAGCGUAUGUGUAAAAGCUGCAGCCCUUCUUGGUGAAUCUUUUUUUUCCCCCCUCUCUUUUUCCAUCGGUGCCCUCAGUCAGCAUGAGACUGGAUCUGCAGAGCCAACAGAGAAAUGUCAGGGUCCAGGGUCUGCGGUUCUUAGAAGCACAUGGUGGGGCUGGGGCUCUUGUGUUCUCUUUGUCCCCCACCCCCACCCCCACUGUCCUCCCCCUCCCCCAAAUUCAAGAUUGCUACUCCAGCCUCCCAUUCCAUGGAUAGAGCCCCACUGCCUGGAGCGUGCAAAGGGAGCAGGGGUAGGUGCGAUGCUUUCCUCCAGCUGCAAAGGCUGGCUGCUGCUGCCUAGGCCUUGUGUUGUUAACGAAGGGAGGCAACUGGGUUGGCAGGGCAAGGGCAGUGCCAGGGGAAGGUCCAAGGGGCUGUGGCCCACAGGGUGCCAAUUGAGGAGCACCACAUUAUUGCACGUUAAGGGACCAAUUCCAGGGGAGUCGCCCCACCAGCUUGCUGUUCAUCACAACCCCAAAGAAACUUGGGGCACCUGAAAGGCCAUGGCUCCCCAACGAUGCUGCCACGAUAAUUUUGUAGUCCUUAAGAUGCCGCAAUAUUCUGCUACGAUAUGAGAUCUGUUUCCCCUGUGCAGGGCCCAAGGCUCAUGGUGUUGCCAAUGGAGCAAUGCAGAGAGGGAUGGGUCAGCCCUGCUAACGUACGUUGCUGUUUGGUCACCGAUGCAGACUGCUGAGCCCUUCUCGGGCCGGGCUGCCCCAGCUGGCUCCCGGAGUCUGCAGUGUCUUUAGGGAGGUGAAUGUUUCUGUGCAAGGUGAAAGAACAGCUGCGGCUGCCAUAUCGUCACCAACUCACCUUGGGCUGCACCCCUACAGUGGGUGUGGCAUUGUCAUGGAGUAUCUCUCGCUGUGGGGAGAGCAUUCCUUUUAAAAUAAGACACAUGUAAACUAAGAAUCUCUUAUUUCAAAGCAAUGCUCUAACCACUAAACCACAGACCUGUACUGAAAAAGUUGUUCUUCACUCUCUUUCUUACAGGCUAACGGCCUUUAAGCGCCCUUUCAGUACAGCUCUGUGGUUUGGUGGUUAGAGCCUCACUUUGAAAUAGACAGAGACUCUUCGUUUCCCCUCAUAGCAAGAGAGACUUUGCGACAGCACCAUGUCUAAGCACUUACUUAUUGGGACAGCAUCGCUUGGAGCGUCACACUGCUUUUUCACGUCUUCGUUCAUUUGCAUCUGUAUCUCUGGACUCACCUAUCAACCAUAUCUGCUGCCCCAGUUCCCAUUUGCUGGCCUGGUAUUUGUGGAAUUGCUGAAAAUACAUCCUUAAAGAUCCCUUGCUGGGGGUAUGCAAGUCCCAUAGUACAGUUUCUAGUCGUAAUGGCUACUGAUGGACCCUCCGUGUUCAGGAACUGUAUAUCUCUAGCUAAUAGAUGCUGAGGAGCAAGCAGUGGGGGAGACCAGUCGCUUUCUUAGGGGCGCUUGGCCAGCCAGUGUCAGAGAUGGAACAGUCGGCUGGCUGGGUUGUCUCCAAAAAAGGAGCGGUGCUUCCUUGACUGAGAGCUGUCAGCAGUAUACAUGUGGAGCUGAUUCCAAAGUGUAGCACCGGCAGGGCCCCCUUAAGUUUUGGGUUCUGUAAGGAAUGGAACUUGGAGGUCAGGAACCCUGGAACCUUAACUGUGGCAACUUCAGCCACUUUGGGGGUUGAAAGAUGCAUGUUGAGUUCACAGAAGUCUCUGUGGCCAAGAUCCUUGUACUUCCGGCUCAUGUAACUGUGACACAAAUUGUUAGCAUGCCUAGAGAUGGCCACAAACCUCUCAUGCCAAGCCUUUCAUAAAUCAGUUCCUGGAGAAAGAAAUGCUUCUUCUGGUCUGCAUCUCUCUCUCUCUCUCUCUCUCUCUCUCUCUCUCUCUCUCUCUCUCUCUCUCUCUCUCUCUCUCUCUCUCUGUGUCUAAGGCAAAGAAAGAUUUUCUUGUUUGCUCUCGUAUGCUUAGUUUGAAAGACAAAAAUAUGGUGCCUUUGGAAGGGAAACUUUGUAACUGAUAUUGCUGAAGUGUCAGGUGGGGAGGGGGGCUUUGUGGUUUUUCACUCGGGAAUUCAAAACUAUCCUUUCCUCUGCUGAAUUGUAUUUCAAAACUGCCAGGUGGAAACGCACAACUUCCAAUGGGAAGAGUUUUAUUCUGCCAUCUGCUUGGAUUCCCUCUCACCUUUUUUCUUAACGGGAGAAAAAGCAAUCCACAAUGAAUGUUUUCCUUUUUUAUGUGGCAGAAAGGGCUAACUUGACACAAGCACAUUUGGUACCCUGGAUGUUAAACCCCAAUUUCCUUCUAUGGUUGAAUGUCAGAAGCAGUCAACCCCUCCAAGGCAAUCACAUGAAACUGAUGGAUGCUUGGUCCAUCAAAGUCAGCCUUGUCUCCUCUGACUGUCCUCUAGAGAACCAGCGUGGUGUAGUGGCUAGAGUGACACCCUAGGGUCUGAGUGACCCAGGUUCGAUUCCCCCAUUCUGCCAUGGAAGCUUGCCGGGUGACCCUGGGCCAGUCAUGCACUCUCAGCCUAGCCUACCUCACAGGCUUGUUGUUUGGAAAAAUGGAGGAGAGGCGAAGGAUGUAAGCUGCUUUGGGACCAAAUUGAGGAGAAAGGCAGAGUAUAAAAUAAAUAAACUAGCAGUAGCCUCUGUCUUUCCAGGUCUCAGGCAGAGGUCUUUUCAUGCCACCUGCUAAAUGAUCCUUUCAACUGGAGGUGAACCCUAGGGCCUUUUGUGUGCCAAGCAGAUGCUCUGCCACUGAGCUACGCUCCUGCCUCGAAUCCAUUUUUGUGGAUGGAUCUACUGAGCCAGGCAAGCAAAAGCCAGCUGCAUGUAGCAAGGAGUGCGUUGUCCAUGCUCAGCCAUCUGGCAAUUCAAAUUGCCUCCUCUGUGCCACAUGCUGACACAACAAUGCAGGAGUUUGCUAAAACAGACCCUGUUUUCAGGGCUGCUAGGCUCUGCCUGGAAUGUACUGCUGGGGUAUGUUGGAUCUUGCAUAGUAUGAGUGGGGCUGCAAUUUACAGCAACACCAGAUGUUCCUCAAAUGGGGGCUGCUGUUAGAAGGGGAAAUCUAAAGCCCCCUCUGUUGGACUCCCAGAACUAGUUGGGUAGGCCCUUGGCUUGCGGUCACCAGGUGCUUCUCCUCAGCCACUGGUAGUGAGCAGGAGUCAGCCCCUGAAGAGUCCAGGUUGGCUGACAAAGUGAGCAGCUCCCAGAAGGUGCUCCUGCACCCUGUGUAGCUGUGCUUGGAAAACCAAAACCUUGCCAAGGGACCUUGUGGCACUGCAGAGUUCCCUAGGAAGCUUCUAAAAUAAACUUCAAAGGGCAGUUUGCAAUUUUAUCCUGUUAAAUUUGCAGGCAGCCCUUCAUAGUGGAGCCAUUAGUUUUAGGAGAUGAAGGCUUGCAGGGAGCCUCAGAAAAGGCUUGCUAACCUCCUCCGGUGUACCAGGAGGCUAGGGACAUUACAGUUUCUGCACAAAAUGUGGGGAAGUGAAUCUAGGGAGGGGACUUGAGUGUUUCCUUCCCCUCCUUGGGGAGGAGAGGUCCAAUGCAGCAGCCUGUAUUUUCCAAGUCACAUUCCACAAAGAGUUGGCAAUGGCAGGCAAAUUCUGCAGCAAGAGGUGCCUGUUCGUCUCUGGGUUGCCAUCUGGCCACCUCUCAGUGGGUUGGAUGUGCCUCUGGGACUUCCAGCUGCUCACUAUUGCUUCAGAGUUAAUGAGUGUUUUCUUACAAGGAAGUACCAAACACCUAAAGAGGGUAGUUGGCAUGGUCAGAAAUGCAUCCUCAUUCUGGUACCGUGUUUCUCUUCCUGUUGGCCGAGACUGAACUUUGACCUUACAAGCAGCAUCAUGUCAUUUUCAAUCCAAAAAGGUUUCCCAUCUUUUCAUUGUCUUUGUACAUACCAAGAAAACUGACAGACCAAGGCAACUUAAAGGCCUUGAAGCUUUCUCUCACCCACCCCCAACUUUUUUGUAAAAAAGUUUAAUAUGGUACAAGCCAAAAUCGCUCUGUAUGUUUGCAAACCUGUAUGAUGUUUUAAUGUGCUGUAAUAUAUUCUGAUAUUCAUAUAUUGUUAUUGGUUAAAACAUUUGUAUCAAUUAUACAGUUUGUAAAUGGUAAUAAAUGCUACAACUUUGUCCUUCA